UCAUUAACACCCCACAUAAGUUUACACUGAUUUUCAAAAACAAAACACAAGCUGAUAUUAAUCUCCUUCAAUCUUCAUCUUUCUUUCUUUCUUUUGAUCAGUUCAAUCUUCAUCCUUAAUUUGAUAUUACAAGUUGUCUUGCAUAACCCCCUUAAGACCAUCAUGGAGGUAUCACCAUCGAGGCAAGUCAGAAAAGAAAAAGGAGCAAAGAAAACCAAAUGGGUAUUGAAGUUGAAGUCUGGUGUAACUUGGAAGGCCAUCAAAAUGGCAUCAUCAUCCACUACGAAGCUUAAUCGUUUUCAUCUAACUUGUGCUUCAAGCAUGAAACAACUCUCCCUAGUCCGGGUUCAAGCAGAGGAGGCUGUUAAGCCAAUUCAACAAGCACAUACAAAGAAAAAAGCUUCUCAUGUUGUCACAAAAUCCCUAUUAUCCCUCCUCCAAUUGCCAUACACAGCUUCAGAUUUUAUAGACUGGGGUGAUCUAAUGACUCCCACCAAGUCUCCAAAGGAAAACAUAUCAACGAAAUGGCGUGAAAUUCAUGGUUUGCACAAUUGGGACAGUCUUCUUGACCCUCUCCAUCCUUGGCUUCGACGAGAAAUUAUUAAAUACGGAGAAUUUGCGCAGGCUACUUAUGAUGGAUUUGAAUUUGAUCCUUUGUCCGAGUUUUGUGGGAGUUGUAGAUACAACCGGCACAAGCUUUUCGAAGAAUUAGGCCUAACAAAUCAUGGUUACAAGGUUACCAAGUACAUCUACGCCAUGUCACAUGUAGAUGUUCCGAGUUGGUUUGAGAGGUCACAUCUAGGUGAAACAUGGAGCAAAGAUUCCAAUUGGAUGGGCUAUGUAGCGGUUAGCAAUGAUGAAGAAUCAGAAAGGAUUGGAAGAAGAGACAUAGUCAUGGCAUGGCGAGGUACAAUUGCUCCAACGGAAUGGUUCACUGAUCUUAAGGCAAUGCUUGAGCCUAUUGGGGAUGGGAAAAUAAAGGUUCAGCAUGGGUUUCGUAGUAUAUAUAAAUCAAGGAGUGAGCUCACCAGGUAUAACAAGUUGAGUGCUUCUGAGCAAGUCAUGGAAGAGGUGAACAGACUCGUAAAGUUCUAUAAAGCAAAAGGCGAAGAAAUAAGCUUCACCAUCACUGGGCAUAGCCUUGGUGGUGCUUUGGCUCUCCUCAAUGCUUAUGAAGCUGCAACUUCAAUCCCUGGCCUUCCCAUUAGUGUCAUUUCUUUUGGAGCACCAAGGGUUGGGAACUUGGCAUUUAAGGAAAAGCUUGAUGAAAUGGGGGUAAAAACACUACGCAUUGUAGUUAAGCAAGAUAUAGUCCCCAAAUUUCCAGGGUUCAUAUGUAACAAUAUUCUUCAUAAGCUUAAUUUUGUUACUAAAAAAUUCAAUUGGGUUUAUAGGCAUGUAGGAAGCCAGUUGGAACUUGACAUGUUCAUGUCACCUUAUUUAAAGCGUGAGUCUGAUUUGAUAGGCAGCCAUAAUUUGGAGAUAUACCUCCAUCACGUAGAUGGAUUUCUUAGUAAGCAGCGCAAGUUUAGGUGGACUGCUCGGAGAGAUGUUGCAUUGGUGAACAAGACAACAGAUAUGCUAAUUGAGGAGUUGAGGAUCCCUAAGUUUUGGUAUCAAUUGCCUUACAAGGGGCUUGUGCUUAACAAACAUGGAAGGUGGGUUAAACCGAGUAGAGAACCUGAAGAUGUUCCUUCUCCAUUAUCUGUAGCAUCAAAGAAUGAAUUGCAUUAACAUGAAGAUACAUACAUGUUUCAAAUUGUAAUAUCAAGCAGUUUUGAGCUUUAAGCUUCUUAGUUUCA